AUGGCCUCCUCCUUGCUCCUGGCUCUUCUGUUCCUGACUCCAGCCACAGUAGUGAACCCCAAAACUGAUGGUCCGUGUCCAGCAUGUUGGGAUGCCACCUUUGACCUGGAGAGCCAGCGGGAGCUGCUUCUCGAUUUGGCCAAGAAAAGCAUCCUGGACAAGCUGCACCUCAGCCAGCGCCCCACACUCAGUCGGCCUGUGUCCAGAGGGGCUCUCAAGACCGCGCUGCAGCGCCUCCGUGGGCGUCGAAGGGAAACCCUGUUGGAGCACGACCAGAGACAAGAAGAAUAUGAGAUCAUCAGCUUUGCUGACACAGGCCUCUCCAGCAUCAACCAGACCCGGCUUGAGUUCCACUUCUCUGGUAGAACGACUGGUGGCGUGGAGGUCCAGCAGACCCGCUUCAUGUUCUUUGUGCAGUUUCCUCCCAACGCUACCCAGACCAUGAAUAUAAGAGUUCUUGUGCUAAGACCAUAUGACACCAACCUCACCUUGACAAGCCAAUACCUGCUGCAGGUGGAUGCCAGCGGCUGGCACCAGCUUCUCCUGGGACCCGAAGCUCAAGCUGCUUGCAGCCAGGGGCACCUCACUCUGGAGCUGGUACUAGAAAGCCAGGCGGCCCACAGUUCCUUGAUCCUGGGUGGGUUUUCCCACAGGCCUUUUGUGGCAGCCCAGGUAAGAGUCGAGGGCAAGCAUCGGGUUCGCCGGCGAGGUAUCAACUGCCAGGGAGCAUCCAGGAUGUGCUGUCGACAAGAGUUCUUCGUAGACUUCCGUGAGAUUGGCUGGCAUGACUGGAUCAUCCAGCCUGAGGGAUAUGCCAUGAACUUCUGCACCGGGCAGUGCCCACUACAUGUGGCAGGCAUGCCUGGCAUCUCUGCAUCCUUUCACACCGCAGUGCUGAAUCUGCUCAAAGCCAACGCAGCUUCUAGCACCGCCGGAGGGGGCUCAUGCUGCGUGCCUACAUCUCGGCGUCCCCUGUCUUUGCUCUACUAUGACAGGGAUAGCAACAUUGUCAAGACCGAUAUACCCGAUAUGGUGGUCGAGGCCUGUGGGUGCAGUUAG